ACUUCUUAAGAGGUUGCUGGCAUCGUACUGAGAAGCUUCGUUUAUCGAGUUUCUCCUGUUCGAUAAACUUAUCGCUGCCUGCCUAGAUACACGGGAUCAGGCGUUGGAUAAGGACCCGGGCCAAAGCCUAUUUCGGGGCGCUUCGUUGGUUAUCGCUUAUCGUCACGUUCUCAGUGUGACGGUGCAUCCCAUUGGCGAGCCACACACCUCUUGUCGCCCAACUAAUCAGUCAGAGAAACAACAACAAACACUCGAUAUUGGUACGAUAUUUUUGUUCACCUCGUCAUCCCAUACAUAGAGGACGAGCGCUCGUCGGGUGAUUCGUGUCACCGUGUUUGUGGUCUUCGUGACUGCUUAAUUCAAAUCCUCCACCCAUUGAUCCCGUGUCCACCAUGGGUCGUGUGACCCGUGAUUUUGCUUCAGUCAGUCAGUCAACCGAAGUCACAGUGCGUGCAGUGUGUUGUCCCGUUACCCGAUGAGCAAAGAUGAACGCCUACGAGCAGCAGCAGCAGCAGCAGCCAUCGCUAGAACUCUCUUCCAAGCGGUAUCCGAUUGCGACCAAAAACCGUAAAUCGAAGUUUCAAUUCCUCGCCGGAGUUCAAGAACACUAUGAGCGCAAGCAGGAAGCAGCCAAGGAACGGGCGGCUAUGCCGAAACGAGUCAAUCUGUCCGUUCCCGGGACACCAGUCUGCUCUCGGUACCUUCAGUCGAUGUCGAGUCGAUCGUCGGUUGCUUCGAGUGAUGAUGAGUCAACCCAGGCUGUCCCACCUGCCCAAGAGCUCAUCAUCAGCAGCAUCGUGUUGGAGAAAUUUGUGAAGGACAUGAGCACCCUAUCGUCAGCUGAUCAACUGGAUAAGCCCGAAACGAAGAGCGAAGGAAAUGCGAAUGUGCAGAUCGACGGUACGGCCGAUGACUUCUUCAAGGCUUCCGACGCACGGAAGGCAUACCAUCGAACCUUCUCGGAAGCUGUGGGAACGGUUGGUGGCGGCGAGAAAGAUCCGGCCGUGAAAAGGUACUUCGAUGAGUCCGCCAGCCAGCAUACAUAUCGGCGAGACUUUUCGGAGGCGUACGGAGAGCUUGGAAGUGUCAAGGAUGAUCCGAUCUUUAGUACCACCGAUGCUCCGAGCAGUGCUGCUACGACGAAGAAGAAAAAACGCUCCAAACCCACCCGACAGCAGCUGAUUAGUGAAUCGUCCUCGGAUGAGGAUCAUUCGGGUGCGCCAGAGUUGGCAGCUAAGGAGCGUCAGCGCAACGAAUUUCUGGAGGAGCUAAUGGAGCUGAAAAACUCGAAGAAGCGCAUGGAGCAGGAGCUAAAGGCUUUCCAGUCCAAAGAUCCGUCGCUGAUCACUGACGGCCAGAAAGAGCGAGUGCAACGGUUUUUCGAGGAGUCGGAUCAAUCCAAAGCAUACCAUCGUUCGUUUUCGGAAGCAGCCCAAACGUUUGGAGCACCACCCAGUGAUCCAAAGGUUCGCGAGUACUUCACUGAGUCCGCCACGCGGCAUACCUAUCGGCGCGACUUUUCCGAAGUUUGUGGCGAACUUGGAGCAAACGGGCCGGCGACUGGUGGUGAAUCAGAACGCUACAAACCUACCGUUCCGGGGACUCCAAUCAGCUCCAGGAGUUUGCACAAACUGAAGAAACAUGUGGAAGAGGAACCGGAGCUAGUAACGCCGGAUGCAUCCGCUUCGCUAAAGGAACAGUUAGCUAAGUUUAAUGAGGAGCUAGAGGAACUGAAGCUCUCCAAACCGGCCAUCUCGCUCGACACGAAGCAACCACCGGUUACGGAUGAUGCUCCGCCGAAGCCAGACUUUUGCGUUGAGCAGUACCUAAGCACUUCAAACGAAAAGCGAUCCUACGCCCGGUCCUUCUCCGAAGCCGCACAAUCGCUGAGUGCUCGGCCGGAGGUGAAGAGUGACACGGUGAAGUCGUUCUUUGACGAUUCCUCCCGGAAAGGGACCUUUCGCCGUGAAUUUUCCCAAGCCUAUCAGGAACUGGCGAUGGCCCCGGACGACGGUGUAUCGACGGUGAAUGACGUAACGCAGCCCAGUGGCGGUACAUCAGCUGACCGGGUGGCAGAGAAAGAUAACGGAGCGUCUCCUUCGCUACCUGAUAAUGCAACGGCCGUGGUGGCCGAAUCGACCGAUGAAAGGAAUAUCGUCAUUCCUGGGACGCCAGUUAGCUCGCGCAAACGGUCCCCACCGAAAGCAGCGGUGCGCAGCGACAAGCCGAUCGUUCCGGAAGCGAGUAGCCGGACAUCGGGAGCCUGGGAUGGACAGCGAUUGCCGGCACGCGUACCGUUAACACCGCAGCUUGACGUUUCAGCGGCCAGCGCGGUGACCUCACCGACAACGACGACAACGACGACGAUGCCGACGACCACGACACUAACGACCACAACGAUGGCAAUGAUUCAGGAAUGCGGGCUGGAAGAGGAGCAGCAGCAGCAGUAGUGCGGGAUGAUCGUGAGUUCAUACUUGCCGGCUCAAAGCAACCGGCUGGAUCGGUGGGUCGUACUGGUGUGGUAAGCGGUAGUGGAAACAAGAAUGAGGAAC